AUGGAAAUGACUGACUUGGAAGAUAUUGCCAUGCAAGAUGCUAUAGAAGAAGAAGAAGGAACACAGUUUAAGAUUGAUAAAGAAAAUGGUGGAACUGCCAAUUCAGGUAUUAUGAAGCGAGACUUAAACAUUAAUGAAUUGGACGAAUGGAUAUCUUAUUUAAUGAAGUGUGAAACGCUUUCUGAGAAUAAUGUGGUACAGUUAUGUGACCUGGCCAAAUCAAUUCUACAGAAAGAAGAAAAUGUUAGAAAUGUUAAUGUUCCCGUGACGAUAUGUGGUGAUAUACAUGGUCAAUUUCAUGAUUUACUUGAACUUUUCAAAAUUGGAGGCCCUGCUCCAGAUACGAACUAUUUAUUCAUGGGUGAUUAUGUUGAUAGAGGGUAUUAUUCUGUUGAAAGUGUAAGUCUAUUAAUUGCGUUGAAAUGUAGAUAUCCUGAUAGAAUCACUAUAUUACGAGGUAACCAUGAAUCGAGACAAAUCACACAAGUCUAUGGUUUUUAUGACGAAUGCCUAAGAAAAUAUGGUAGUGCAAACGUCUGGAAAUUAUUUACCGAUUUAUUCGAUUAUUUGCCAAUUACAGCAUUAGUUGAUAAUAAGAUAUUUUGUCUCCACGGGGGUCUUUCACCAAUGAUUGAAACUAUUGAUCAAAUUAGAGACUUAAAUAGACUACAAGAAGUACCUCAUGAGGGACCGAUGUGUGAUUUACUUUGGUCUGAUCCAGAUGACAGAGGCGGAUGGGGCAUCAGCCCUCGUGGUGCUGGUUUCACAUUUGGACAAGAUAUCAGUGAACAGUUCAACCAUACAAACGACCUGGAACUUGUAGCUAGAGCCCAUCAAUUAGUAAUGGAGGGAUAUGCGUGGUCUCAUGGGGAAAAUGUCGUAACCAUAUUUAGUGCGCCAAAUUAUUGUUAUAGAUGUGGUAAUCAAGCUGCUAUAAUGGAAGUUGAUGAAAACCAUAAUAGGCAAUUUUUACAAUAUGAUCCAUCAAUAAGGCCAGGAGAACCCUCCGUGACAAGAAAGACACCCGAUUAUUUCUUAUAA